AUGCUUCAGGAAUUUUUCGGACAUCAUGUGAUUCGACGGUCACCUCAUUCACUCAUUGAAUACGUUUUUGGAACCAGCUUUCAUGUUACCGGUGACUUGAUUUUACGGGACAAACCAGCUUUAAUCAUAAUGAAUCAUAGAACCAGAUUAGACUGGUUGUUUUUAUGGAAUGCUUUGUACAAAAUGGAUCCAUUGCUUUUGACAACUGAAAAAAUCUCACUGAAGGCUGCGCUGAAACGGAUCCCAGGUGCUGGUUGGGCUAUGGGAUGUGGUUCGUUCAUUUUCUUGGAACGCAACUUUGAGUCAGAUAAAUGCACGAUCUCGUCCGCUAUCGAAUAUUACAGGGAAUCUGGAAACAACUACCAGGUGUGUUGCUUGUGGAAAAAUCUAAUAGGUUUAGGAAUUUUCUGCAUAUGUUUUUUGAACUGCAAUCGCGCUACGAUGGAUUUGACGUUAAUUUUUUCUACCCAUAACACUCUUUUAACUGUCUAACC